GUAGGGGGAAAAGAUCUAGAAAAGCCGGGAGCAGUCAAUUUACAAGAACGGAAUCUUCCUGGUUGUGAGAUAGUGAGACUCGACAACAGACAGCAUCUUUCAGGUUUGAAGCCCGAAAUGUCAGGCACAUUAUGCUCAUGGUUCCUGCACUUUGCCAAGCGUAGUGCCCUCUCCGUCUCCCGUAACCAGCAGCACAGACUGUAUUAUAGGUGCUGCUGCUCUCCUCACCGUCUGGUUACAUGGCCCAAAAGGACCCGGCUAUCCAGUUCCUCCUCCCACAGCGGCUCUGACCUGGGUCCUGGCAGUGUGCCCGGUGCCCAGCGCCACUCCUCCACUAGCCAGGACCCGGACUUCCAGCUGACUCCCGCACAGAUUAAUGGCAUCCUGCGAACCAAUGAGCAGGCCGUGAGCAUCCCCGAGUUUGACGGAAGGGGCCUCAGCGCCGUGCUUAAGUUCGAGAGCAACCAGCUGCCAGCCAACACGCCCAACGAGGACCGACGCAGCGCUGCCACUUGUCUGCAGACCAAGGGCAUGAUGUUUGGCGUGUUUGACGGGCACGGGGGCUACGCUUGCGCACAGGCGGUGAGCGAGCGGCUGCUGUACUACGUGGCGGUGGCUCUCAUGUCGCAGGGGAGCCUGGAGGAGGUGGAAGACGCCAUCGAGACCCUGCGGCCUGUGCCGCCCAUCCUGCAGUGGUACAAGCACCACAACGACUACAACUUCCGAGAAUCGGCCUCGCUGUACCUGGAGCACCUGCGGGUCUUCUGGCAGGAGCUGUUGGAAAGCGAGGAGCACGGGGAGGGCAUGUCCCCCCGCGAUGCCCUGGACUACGCCUUCCGGCGGCUGGACGAGGACAUCUCGCUGGAGGCCCAGGUCCCGCUGGACAGCGGGCUGAUGAGGAACACGGCCCUGCAGGUGGCCUUCGCCGGCUCCACGGCCUGCGUGGCGCACGUGGACACGGAGGGCGUGCACGUGGCCAACACCGGGGACUGCCGGGCCGUGCUGGGAGCGCAGGAGGAGGACGGCAGCUGGACCGCCCUGCCCCUCUCCCGCGACCACAACGCCCUGAACGCGGCCGAGCUGGACCGCGUGCGGUCGCAGCACCCACGGUCGGAGAGGCGCACGGUGGUGACGGACGAGCGUCUGCUGGGAAUCCUCAUGCCCCUGCGCGCCUUCGGCGACAUGCGCUUCAAGUGGAGCCGCGAGCUCCAGCAGAGCGUUCUGGAGAGCGGCUGCGACCUGGAGUCCCUCAACAUCUACCAGUACACGCCGCCCAACUACCUCACGCCCCCCUACCUGGAGGCCGCCCCGGAGCUGGCCUACCACCGGCUCCGGCCGCAGGACCGCUUCCUGAUCCUGGCGUCAGACGGGCUGUGGGACAUGCUGGGGAGCCAGGAGGCGGUGCGGCUGGUGGCGGAGCACCUGACGGGGGUGCACCUGCAGGCCCCUCUGUCGGCCCGUGAGCGGCAGAUGAACCUGGGCCAGAUGCACAGCCUCCUGCUGCAGCGCCGCGCCCGGGCGGUGCCCGCCAUAGACCCCAACUCCGCCACGCACCUCAUCCGCCAUGCCCUCGGCACCAACGAGUACGGAGAGGUGGAGCAGGAGCGCCUGUCCGCCAUGCUGGCGCUGCCUGAGGACCUGGCCCGCAUGUACCGGGACGACAUCACCGUCACCAUCGUAUACUUCAACUCCAACCUCAUUAAGCCCCGCGAUGCCUAGGAGGGGACUGUGGACGGCUGCCCCUGGACUAGUAUGGCCAGUCUCAUUCCUCAUGUUCUCAGUGUAAGUCACAAGUCACUGAAACCUCAAAUCUGGCUUGACUACACUUGUGAGGACAUGUUUUUCCCUCCGUCUUGACUCAUAGUUAAAUCCUAGAAGUUUACAACAUAUAUGCCUACCUGAACGUGCUUCAAGUAAAGAUGCAGGAUUCAUGGAUUCCCCUUUGGCUAUGGUGAUCUCCUAUCUCCUUCAUAACCCUGACAAUGUAAUUAGGCUCAAUUAGAUCUCUUGCCAUAGUCCUACUUCACAGACCAUACAUUAGUAAGUACAUUAUCCAAGGGCAAUUACCGAGGCAUUCCCAGAUGGUAGAAUCCUGCUUCUUCAAAAGGGUCAUCUCAUACUGUUAGACUGUUUUAUAAAUAUAAAAAUGUAAAAUUCUAAAGAUUUUUUUAACAAUCAAUAUUGAGAUAUAUGUGUACAUAGCUACAUUUUGUUUACAGUCUUUACUCUGACACUUCCUCUCAUAUCUACCUUGAUAUUUGUAUGGAACAAUUUAAGGUCAAUGUAGUUGUGCUAUAUUGUUUAUAUUCACAAUGUGAUAAUAUUAAUCAAUGAAUUGCUUUAACAUAAAAUAUUAGGCAGGUACAAAUCUUUGUUCAUUCAACCCUUGUGUUAAAAAUAUGGCAUGGGUCAUGUUUUGUAGUUGCAUUAUACGUGAUUGCUUUUGUAAAUCAGUAAAUGUGCUGCAAAAGUUCCAUGUGCUUUUGUGGAUCAGUGAUUCAAGGCCAUGACCCAAAAAAAUUUUUUUGAGGGAGAGUUACAUGACGUGACUAAACUAGGCUACAGUAUGUCUUCACGUCUUCUGUCCACUAAAAACAAAAUCAUUUUUAAAUGUUUGUGCACUGCAUUACAUUAUUUGUUCUGUGACCGGUAUUUGUGUCUGAUUACAUUUUUUUUGUGCUUGUUACUGUGAUGAUCUCGCCUACAUGUGCCAGAUAUUGAUUUAUGAAGGAACAGGACAGUCUGGCGUUCUGUUUGUACGUCAUGUACCAAGCUAUUUACAACCUGUGAAGUGUACCUUGUUUUUCUGUUACAAUGCCUUUAUCAUUUUCCAGUUUUUUUUGAGAAUACAUUUUUCUCUUUAUUUUUUGCUUCAUUGCUUUUUUUUUUUUGUCUCUUGGCUUAGUGGUUCCAAAAAUGUUUCUUACCAACAACUGCUACUGUGGUAACAUAGUCCAUUAUCUACUAUGUUAUGUUAUUGUAGAAAUUGAAACAUUUUGAGGCUAUUAAACAGUAGGUUUGUUUACAAUCACUGUUCCUUUCACAAGAAAUGAACACUGACAACAUAAAAGAAAAAUAAAUGUUGUAAAAUCUCCCA